CCGUGAGGUUGCUUAUAAAAGCAGACGACGUCCCCUUCAAAACAACCGAAGUCAAGCAUACUAUCAUCGUCACUCUAGAUAUUUAUUUCUCUCGUUCAUUCUUAAAAGAUUCCAUUCCCUUCCCCCAUAAACCACUGUUUGGUUGCACAGAAAAGUAGUGAAAAAAAUGGGUGCUUUGGAUCAUUUUUCUUACCUAUUUGAUUGCUCUUCUGGUCGCUCCAAGUACAGGAAACGCAAGCAAUUGCAGACGGUGGAGAUCAAGGUGAAAAUGGACUGCGAGGGAUGCGAGCGGAAGGUGAAGAAGGCGGUGGAGGGAUUGAAGGGAGUGCAGCAGGUGAACGUGGAGAGGAAGGCCAGCAAGGUGACAGUCGUCGGGUACGUGGAUCCGGGAAGGGUAGUGGCCCGAAUCGCUCAUCGGACGGGCAAGAGGGCCGAGCUCUGGCCCUACAUCCCAUACGACGUCGUCGAACACCCAUACGCUCCUGGGGUUUACGACCGGAAGGCCCCAUCGGGUUACGUCCGAAACUCGCAAGAUCCGCAGAUUUCGCAGCUGGCACGUGCCAGCUCCACCGAGGUUCGCUACACCACCGCUUUCAGCGACGAGAACGCCACCGCAUGUGCCAUAAUGUGAUCUUAUAAA